CCCCACCGCCGCUCCCGGCUCUCUCUCUCCGUCUCUCUCGCUCGCACACGCGCCCGCGCUCCCCCUGCCUCUCCCUGCAGCCGGCCGUGCACGGGUGGCCAUGUAACGCGGCGGGGAAAGUUGGCGAUCGGAGCAACAUGAAGCAGCGUCGCUCGUAGCGGUGCCCUGUUCGGAGCGGAGCGGCAUCCAGCGCGCAGCCCUGCAGGGAUGGAGUCGGUAAAACAAAGGAUUUUGAACCCCGGCAAGGAGGGACUGAGGAAUUUUGCUGGAAAAUCGCUUGGUCAACUCUACAGGGUCUUGGAGAAGAGGCAGAAGGCCGGGGACACCAUCGAGCUCACGGAGGAUGGCAAGCCCGUGGAGGUGGCCCCGAAGAAGGCGCCGCUGUGCGACUGCACGUGCUUCGGGCUGCCGCGGCGCUACAUCAUCGCCAUCAUGAGCGGCCUCGGCUUCUGCAUCUCCUUCGGCAUCCGCUGCAACCUGGGAGUGGCCAUCGUGGACAUGGUCAACAACAGCACCAUACACCGCGGAGGGAAGAUCAUUAAGGAGGUGGGGACCUUCCCCCUCAAAGCGAAGUUCAACUGGGACCCCGAAACGGUCGGCAUGAUCCACGGCUCCUUCUUCUGGGGCUACAUCAUCACGCAGAUCCCCGGCGGCUACAUCUCGUCCCGGCUGGCGGCCAACAGGGUGUUUGGCGCUGCCAUACUGCUGACAUCCUCCCUCAACAUGUUAAUCCCAUCUGCGGCCAGGGUGCACUACGGAUGCGUCAUCUUUGUGAGGAUCUUGCAGGGCCUCGUAGAGGGGGUCACCUACCCUGCCUGCCACGGCAUCUGGAGCAAGUGGGCCCCUCCGCUGGAAAGAAGCCGGCUCGCGACCACCUCCUUUUGCGGUUCCUAUGCAGGAGCUGUCAUCGCGAUGCCUUUAGCAGGAAUUUUGGUGCAAUACACUGGGUGGUCAUCUGUCUUCUACGUGUACGGGAGCUUUGGUAUAGUCUGGUACAUGUUUUGGCUUUUGGUUUCCUAUGAAAGCCCCGCGUCGCACCCUACGAUCACAGAUGAAGAAAGGAGAUACAUAGAAGAAAGCAUUGGAGAGAGUGCCAACCUCCUAGGUGCAAUGGAGAAAUACAAGACUCCAUGGAGAAAAUUUUUUACAUCUAUGCCAGUCUAUGCAAUAAUUGUUGCAAACUUCUGUAGGAGCUGGACUUUUUACCUGUUACUUAUCAGCCAGCCUGCAUACUUUGAGGAAGUGUUUGGAUUUGAAAUAAGCAAGGUGGGCAUCUUAUCUGCUGUGCCACAUUUAGUGAUGACAAUUAUUGUGCCUAUUGGGGGACAAAUUGCUGACUUUUUAAGAAGCAAACAGAUUCUUUCCACCACUACCGUGAGGAAGAUCAUGAACUGUGGAGGUUUUGGUAUGGAAGCAACUCUCCUUCUGGUGGUGGGAUAUUCUCAUAGUAAAGGAGUGGCUAUUUCAUUCUUAGUGCUUGCUGUAGGCUUUAGUGGAUUCGCCAUAUCUGGAUUCAAUGUCAACCAUUUAGACAUUGCCCCAAGGUACGCCAGCAUCUUAAUGGGGAUUUCUAAUGGAGUCGGGACCUUGUCUGGAAUGGUUUGCCCUAUAAUUGUUGGAGCAAUGACAAAGAACAAGACCCGUGAAGAGUGGCAGUAUGUCUUCCUUAUUGCUGCUUUAGUUCAUUACGGAGGCGUUAUAUUCUACGGCAUAUUUGCUUCAGGAGAGAAGCAACCCUGGGCAGACCCCGAGCAGACAAGCGAAGAGAAAUGUGGCUUUAUUCAUGAAGAUGAACUUGAUGAAGAGACAGGGGACAUUACCCAGAAUUACGUCAAUUAUGGUACCGCCAAGUCUUACGGUGCUACAACCCAGGUCAACGGGGGCUGGCCCAAUGGCUGGGAGAAAAAAGAGGAAUUUGUACAAGAGGAAGUACGAGACUCAUACAACUACAAGGAAGGAGAUUAUUCAUAACAGACCUAAAUAUUGGGCAUAUUUUGUAGUGUUUGUGAUUAAAUUCAUUGUGAUUGUUUGCACACAGGAAUAAAAUGUGGUAUAAACAUGUAAACACAUAUCAGACAGGAAGGUCUUACUGUAAAAAAAA